AUGAACCUGACGGCGGUAUCAAACCGGGAUCGAGAAACACUAUUUGUGGCAGUCGAUGAUGUAAUUUUCGUGUAUUCCUUAAGUCAAUUUGAAGAGUUGGAAGAAAAUGCAUCAACGAGAGAACCAAAGGAACCGAUCAAAAAACUUGGACGGGAUUGGAACGAUUCGGAGAGUCACACAAUUAAUGCCAUUAAGGUUGGGAUGAUAGGGAAAGAGGAGGUGCUGGUAUGCGUUGAUGAUUCUGGUGGGGUAGGCAUGUGGUAUACUUCUGAUCUUGAUCGAAGGCCAAUUCUCCUUAGUAACGAUGAGUCUACAUGGGGUAUAGCGUUACAAGGCCCAAAUAGAUUAUUAGCUGUGAGUUCUAAUUCACAUGAUAUCACGAUUUAUAAUCUAAAAGCUAAUAUGGAUUUGUCUGAAGACGCAAAUGGUCAUAAAGGAUCACCGAGAUCAUCCGCAUCUGCGGUUGCACCAGAAAGCAGAUCAGCAUGGGAAUGCCCUCUUCAGCACGUAACGGGCUCAAACCGUUCUAACCAGUCGCGUGAUCAAUAUCGUCAAUUUCCAAAUGAUAUGGAUAAUAAUGAUGAUGUUCCCGAUGUCGAUAUCGCGAAUACGACGGCAUUGGUGCACGGGGUUUCAAAUGUCAGAUUCGAUCAUCUAGAGACCGAAUUUGAAGAUGGCUAUCUCGACACAACGGCGGGCGAUAACAUCUAUAGCAGUAGUGAUCUCGAAAGUGAUCCUGACAGCAAUCGGCAAGGUGAUUCGGAAAACGAAAACGAGAUUGAAUCAACGGUGGGUUUGGAAAAUAGGAGUGAGAAUGAUUCGCAUACUCCCGUACCUGAAACUACAUCUUACGAAGAAUGGGGAGAGCCGACCUCCGAACCUCACCAUGUUGUUAAUGAUGACAAUGGGAUUGAACGAAGCGAGGCUGAUUCUUCGCCGAUAUCUAGACCGAGCGCGCCAGAUGUGCACCGACACAUUGAAUACAACACCUUUAACCCACCAAUCCCUUCCUAUAACCGGAUGUGGUGGUCUAGUAAUUCACCACCGUAUUCUCCAUCAUCUCCACAAUAUCGUCCUUAUCAUCCCACGUCUCUCCAAUCGUCGACGAACUCGUCUCUCUCACAACCUCUACUCACAUCGCACCCCAAUUAUUCAAGUCGCUCUCGGGAAAACACUCGGACCUCGCUCACUCACUCUGCGAAUUUAUUUUCGCGUGAGAACUCUCGUGUGUCACAAUCACGAUCAUCCCCUCGACAUACACCGACCCUUCAACAGCAUUCACCGUUAUUGUCUCCAAAUUCACUGCCGCACUCUUCGCACUCUCCAACCUUUUCUUCGCCAACCUCAACCCAUGGUCCAAGGCCACCAAAUGAUAACGAUGAGUUACCAAGCGAUACCGUGACGUCAAGCUUAACUGUUGGUGGCACAAAUGAACCAGGAUACCGUUCGAACUCACCAAACCUCUAUUCAUCGGGCUCUCGGGAGCAGUCCUCGCCACAUUCACAAAGGAGCCCGGAUAACGCCAUCGAAAGUCUAUUACACGUAUAUCCACCCUUUUCAAGGACUCGACUGCCACCGCCACACGUACCCCAAUUAUCCGAACGCCGACGGCGUGUUGAUGUUUCGCAACUUCAAAUGUCUUCAAGGUUAAGGAGGAGUUCCAAUUUUCGAGGAUCAGAGUUACCUGAUGAUGAGACUACCGAUGAACCGGUCCUUUUCACAAUUGAUCACUUCCCUCCACUCCAAUCUACGAACUCUAAGAAUCUUAAUGCGAGCUCUCGUGAUUCAAAACGCCGCCAGCAGAUCAAACAUCAUACAGAAGAGCUCAUUCUCUUUAGCACGCAAUACGAUUUAUACCUGCUUGACCCAAAGUCCGAAUUGCGAACUCUUGAUUGUAAACGGGGCGUUACUAGAGAUCCUAGGCGUGGCUUCGUAUUAGCUGGCCAUGACCGUUUAAAUAUGGUUGAGGCAAGUAUAAUUGAUAACGCGAUUCCUGAUGAUGAUGGUAGUAUGAUAUUAAUGAUAUUUGGUAAACAGUAUAUACCGGAGCUUUCGCUCGCGAUAGUUGCUAGUCAGAAAGGAAAAGUUGCAUUGAUUAGAAUACUCAAGUAA